AAAAUUCGUGGUGGAAUGUGCCAAGGCGCGGGGGUUCUGGCGCCGCGUGAGUUCCCCACUGGCUGCUCUGAAAAGCCAUCUUUGCAUUGUUCCCGUCUCUGGCUUCCCCGCUCGCCGCAGCCACCUCCGCCGCGCGCCAUCUCCGCCGCCGCGGACUCCGGCAGCGUUACCGCCAGAGUCCUCCAACUCCCGCUUUUCUUCUCAGUCCGUUGCAUCGGAUCACCGGAGUGCCCCAUCAUGUCAGACGCGGCCGUGGACACCAGCUCCGAGAUCACCACCAAGGACUUAAAGGAGAAGAAGGAAGUUGUGGAGGAGGCGGAGAAUGGGCGAGAGGCACCUGCAAAUGGGAAUGCUGAGAAUGAGGAAAAUGGGGAGCAGGAGGCCGACAACGAGGUAGACGAAGAAGAGGAGGAAGGUGGGGAGGAAGAGGAGGAGGAGGAGGAAGGCGACGGUGAGGAAGAGGAUGGAGAUGAAGAUGAGGAGGCCGAGGCAGCUACGGGCAAACGGGCAGCUGAAGAUGACGAGGAUGACGAUGUGGAUACCAAGAAGCAGAAGACUGAUGAGGAUGACUAGACAGCAAAAAAGGAAAAGUUAAACUUAAAAAAAAAAAAAAAAAGGCCGCCGUGACCUAUUCACCCUCCACUUCCCGUCUCAGAAUCUAAACGUGGUCACCUUCGAGUAGAGAGGCCCGCCCGCCCGCCCCUGGCGGGCAGCGCCACCCGCAGACAACAGCGCUCUCCACCACCCAACCAAAACCACAACGUGAAUUUGCAACAGGGGAGGAAAAAAGAACCAAAACUUCCAAGGCCCUGCUUUUUUUCUUAAAGUACUUUAAAAAGGAAAAUUUGUUUGUAUUUUUUAUUUACAUUUUAUAUUUUUGUACAUAUUGUUAGGGGUCAGCCAUUUUUAAUGAUCUCGGAUGACCAAACCAGCCUUCGGAGCGUUCUCUGUCCUACUCUGACUUUACUUGUGGUGUGACCAUGUUCAUUAUAAUCUCAAAGGAGAAAAAAAACCUUGUAAAAAAAGCAAAAACAACAACAAAAAAAAAACAAUCUUAUUCCGAGCAUUCCAGUAACUUUUUUUGUGUAUGUACUUAGCUGUACUAUAAGUAGUUGGUUUGUAUGAGAUGGUUAAAAAGGCCAAAGAUAAAAGGUUUCUUUUUUUCCUUUUUUUGUCUAUGAAGUUGCUGUUUAUUUUUUUGGCCUGUUUGAUGUAUGUGUGAAACAAUGUUGUCCAACAAUAAACCGGAAUUUUAUUUUGCUGAGUUGUUCUAACAAA